AUGGAGCGCAGAAACAGGCGCCGGGGCCGCCGCUCGCUGCAGGGCUACGUGAGGCUGGGCAGGGACAGAGAGGUACUAAUCUUGAUAUCAGAAGACACCGUUCUUUCUCAGUCAGCAAAAAUACUAAACUGCUUAAGAAAGCAGAAAUACAAUGCUGACUAUGAAUUGUCUGCAAAACAAGGUGCUAAUACACUGGCAUAUAUUGCACUACUUGAAGAGAAACUGCUUCCUGCUAUGCUGCACACGUCCUGGGUCGAGGCAGAAAACUACUGCAGUGUGACAAAGCCAUGGUUUGCCUCAAGAAUUCCCUUCCCACUGAGUUUGUAUCUGCCUAGAAGUAUGUCCAGGGAAGCUCUUAACAGGUUCUUGCUGACCAGGGGUGGUCCUCCACUCUACAGUCUCACUGAAGUGGAAGCACAGAUAUACAGGGAUGUCAAGGAAUGCCUAAAUCUCCUGUCGAAGAGAUUGGGAUCAUCUCAGUUUUUCUUUGGAAAUACAUGAGUGCCUUCUACCUUGGAUGCCUUUGUGUUUGGUUUCCUUGCACCUCUUUAUAAGGUGUACUUCCCCAGAGUACAAUUACAAGAGCAUUUGAAACAGCUUGCCAAUAUGUGUCGUUUCUGUGAUGAUAUUUUAAGUUUUUACUUUAGGUUAAGCGUCUCAG